AAUCGAUCCGUCUACGCGUGCGCAUUGUACGUAUCCAAAAUGGACGAAAGUGACAAGUUGACAAAUGUGGAAAGGAAUAUUCCGUGCCCUGCUUCUAUGUACACAUCAAUUUCCCUAACUCAUGUGCAAUACACAAAAGGAGAUUUCAUUGGUUAUGUCCUUGCUUGGUUUAGCCUUGUUCCCAUGAGUUUGAUUGUGGCCUUCCUUACCCUUGUUAUUUUUAGAAGAGAUCUUCAUACGAUCUCCUACUUUGCUGGACUGCUGCUGAACGAGGCCUUGAACUGGCUACUGAAACACACCAUCAGAGAGAAUCGACCUCAAAGAGAGAUAUCCGUGUUGUUUACGGAGUAUGGAAUGCCAUCCAGUCAUGCACAGUUUAUGUACUUCUUUGCUACAUAUCUAGUCUUCUUCCUCUUCAUAAGAGUGUACCGGAAUUACAAAUGGGUUGAAGAUUUGUGGAAAUACAUCCUUAUCCUAGGAGGUUACACUUGUGCCACACUUGUAGCUUAUAGCAGAGUAUAUUUGGGGUACCAUACAGGUAGUCAGGUUAUAUGGGGCGGAGUUGUGGGGCUCGUGCUUGGUUGUGUCUGGUUCGCUGUUGUACAGAUCAUCCUAACACCUUUCUUCCCGUAUAUAGCAGCUAGCCCUUUAGGAGAACUUUUGAUGUUACGGGACUCAACUUUGAUACCACAUGUAUUAUGGUUCGAAUAUACAUCGUCACGCUCGGAGUCGAGAAAUCGACAAAGAAAAGUCACAUCUAGGAAAUCCCAAUGACAUACGGCUCUUAAACGUUCUUAGCGUUCAUGUGUUCGUGUGAAGCUCACCGUGAACUGUUCUUUGGCUGAAGAACACGAGUUUCUUACUUUGAAAUUGAUUUUUUUUAUGACAUGAAACCUAUUUGAAAUUUUAGACGGAACGAGCUGUAAUGACCGCAGACAAAUUUUAUCAGCUACAUUUUCUAAGAUGCAGCUGAGUUCUGAAAAAAAUAAUAUUUUAAAAUAAGAUGAGUUUUGUGUUGUAAACAGCAUUUAUUUUUAAAUGAACAUGGAUAAGAAUGAGCACAGCUAGAUUUUCUGAAAAUCAAUUCACUAUUUUAUUUUUAAAGAAGUACAUUGUUUACUGUUGGAAUUUUGGAUGUAAGAAAUUUUAAAUGUUGUUGAACUCUUACUAUUCUAAGAAAUUUACUGUUGGACUUUUGGUUUGUGAACCUACCUAUACCUGCAGCCAUUAAUAGACAGGGAUUAUUAUACAUGCAAAGUGUUCUGUAUUGUCAAUUUUUCUACAAAUUUGGGCAUGUUUUAUUUUAAAUAAUCAUGUUUUAUCGAUCAUCAUUACCAUUGUAAUUUGUAAUAUUUUGUAAUUGUAUUAUUUAAUUGUUAUUGUGAAAUUUCCUCAGCUCAUUUUUAUGUUAAAUUCUAUUUUAAAUAUUGUACAGUUUAGGUAUUAAAAUUAUUAAUAAAUUCUUUUAAAUCGAUCAUUGUUAAAUGAUCGAUAGUGUGAACCAGGGACAUACAAUGUACUUCAUCAGCAUGACUUUUUUCAAUGGUAACAACUCGGCCAUCUCUGGUAAACUUCAAGAUAGACCUCGUAAAUAGACUUGAAGAUAUAUGAAAAUGUGAUGAGGCAGAUGGCAAUUAACUCAAUUAUCAUUAUGCUAUGUAGACCCAUUAGAUAAGGUAAACAAUGUACUGUAAUUAAUGUGAAUGAUUCAUGUCUUUAGUAUGCUUGGGAGAAACUUGAAUUUGACCUUUAUAGGACCAGUAUAAUGUCACUAUUUCUCCUCAAUAAGACAUUAUUACCUUGACUAUUUCAAACACUUUCAUUAUGGGCAACACCAUGAUGGACUAUUUUAAAGCCCCAUAUAAUUUUAGGCUCAGAGAGGUCAUAUUAGUUGUAUAAUGGCCAAGGCUUUUUUUAAGACAGCUUUAUGACAACAUGAAAACUUUUCUAUACCUGGGAGUGCUUUUGAAAUAACUUCACACAAAUGGUCACCAGGGGCCUAAUUAUAGAAUCAUCUGAAGUUCCAUUGUACCUUUUUCUAUUCUAAAAUUCCACAAUUCCCUCCACUGGCAUAAAGGGUUAUGCUUGGUCCACUGGCAUAUAAUGUGAUCCUUGGUCCACUGG